AUGGCGAGCGGGGAGGAGGAGGCAAGGGGGGCGGGAAGCGCCUCUUCCUGCCCUCUCCCACCUCCCGCGGCCGGGAAUCUCCGCCAGGAACGCGCGCACGCCGCCGCUCUGACAGCGGCGGGGGAGCGACUUCUGCCCGCCCCUUCCCUCGGUGCCUGGAGCCGCGCUGGCCGGGCUGCCUGGGGGACCUCCCGCCUGAAGAGAGCGCUUAGCACGCUAAGCCGAGCUCUGUGGCGAGGAAGCUCCCAGCUUCCAGGCGCGUUUCCAGGUCUUUUGGCUGGUUUCUGGGCGUUUUCCGCCGUCGGGGCGCGGGACGGAAGAGCCGCCGCCAUCUCCUUCCCGCCCAGCGCGGCUGACGGGAGCGGGGGCACCUGUGGGCGCCGCCGACCCGGACCCCGAGAAUGGGCGUUUGGAGGGCUACGGUACAUGUAUCUGGAAUAUGGACCACACGAUCCUGAUCUUGGCUGGUUUUUCUCCCCAAAGCAGGCACUUCCCGAGUAUGAAGCGCUGUUUUUUAUUUCUGUAGUACCACCCAGUGCUAGCCUGAGAAUUCAUAAUGGAAGAAUAAAAGGAGUGCAGAACAUUGCAAUUAUGUUCUGCUCCUGCUUGAAUUAAUGAACACUUUUCUACAGAACCAAUUUCAAAGCUUGAUGUCCAUCUAAAGGUAGAUCAGAGGAUUUUAUGUUGUGUACCCACAUGUAAGUGUUCACUUGAUGUUGUGCUGCCUAACCUUCUGUGUCCAAGAUGAUUUCAGUUACUGUGGAAUACCUCACUCUACAAUCUGCAUCACCUCAUUUGAAUUUGCACUUUUCUCUCUGCUUUUUC